AUGUCUCUCUCACCACCCCCGACGUACGACGCUCACUCGAACUCUUACGUCUCUACGACCUCCUUGAAGCCUUACCUGGAACUUCCCCAUCUACUCUCCCUUACGUGGCUCGCGUACCCAAUUCUUUCACUCCUCUUCAUCGCCUUCCGUCUGCAGCUAUCUUUGGCGUCUGCUCAGGACGAUGUCGCCAAUGCAAAGGCUGAUCUACUUGCUAGCUGUCAGGCCGCACAAAAGGCUGCCACUGCUGCUGCAAGUAUGCCACGGUAUAUGGCCAUUGCUACCAAUGACCAGUUUGUCACUGCAGUCAAUGAUUCCAUGAACGCUGCUCGGGCUACUCUUGUUCUCGCGCUGACCGUGAUGGAGGCUAUCAUCAAUUUCAUCGUGGAUAUCUAUCGUUCUACACUGUUAUGUUUCGUGGAGUUGGUCGUUCGUGGCGCACUUUCGCUCGUGAUAGGCGCUGUAUCAGCGUUAAACGACGUGAUUCAGGAUGUUGCCUCUGGAAUCUCGACUGCUAUCCAGGAUAGCAUAAGUGGUGCCAAUUCUGCGAUCACAUCAGCCAUCGAUGCUAUCAACAAGGUCAACCCAUUUGGCAAUAUAUCCAUUCCUCAGAUAUCCUCUCCGGACCUGAGCGCCCUCAACAAUGUCUCCCUUCCUUCCAGCUUUCAAGACUCGCUGAACCAGCUCAAUAGCUCUUUGCCUACGUUCUCGCAGUUGAAAGAUGAUAUAAACGCAAUCCUUGAUACUCCGUUCGAACUACUGAAGAAGGAUAUCAACGACACUUUUGCAGACCUCUCGUUCAACUCCUCGUUGCUUACUAUUCCAGAGCAGAACGAGGUCUCAUUUUGCGAUCAGCUCGAUACUUCGGUCGUGGAUGAUUUGGGACAGGAUCUGAUUAAGAUCACCAAAAUCGGAGUAAUAAUCAUCAUCCUUCUCGCCCUUCUCCUUGUAGGUCUUAACUGCUUGCUUGAGUGGUACAAGUGGCGCUGCCAGCAAGCGCACUUGCAGUACACUCGAGAAGCCUGGUCGACGGAUCCCUCAGUUACCCAAAGCAAAGGCUUCGGUGCACCUUCAGUUACACUUACAGAUCACAAUCUGCUAAUGCUGCAAGCCAAUGGCUCUCAUCCGUUGAUCACCCGCAUCAUGAACCAAUUGUCCGCCCGUCUUCAUUUCUCUCCGACCACCUACACCAAUUUAUCCUGGUUCCUGCACUACAUAUUCCAUGCUCCUGCUCUCGCUUGUUUCCUCAUCGGCUUUUUCGGCCUGUUAUCGGUUGAAAUACAGCUCAUUGCGGUUCAUCCCCUGGAAGCAAAAUACUCAGCACUUGCAGCAUCCACCGCUACGGAUUUUUCCAACACAAUUGCCACCUCAAUGAAUGCCAGCAUGUACAAUCAGUCUGCUACUUAUGCCAAUAAUGUCAACUCUCACAUCGACACUCUUCAAUCCUCCAUCAACGAUGGUCUAUUCGGCUGGGUGAAUGGUACUACCACCACUCUCAAUGACACCCUUGCCACCUUCUACAGUGAUAUACAAGACGCGAUCAGCGAUGCCUUCAACGGUACUUUGCUCGAAGAACCGCUCCAGGAGUUUCUUGCUUGUUUCAUUGGUUCCAAAGUCGAGGCUAUUGAGGACGCGCUCACGUUUUUGAACAACAACUUGCAGAUUGAUAUGCCUCGCAUGAAUGAUAGUAUCCUCGUGCUAUCACCAGAGUCAAUAAAUGAAGUCUCACAGCCCAUUGCAGCAGCCGCUGUUGGUGAUGGAUCCGACGACAAUGGUGGUUUCGUUGGGAAGUUGGUGAACGCGUAUGUUGCAUCACUGAAGAAAGAACGCAUCAUGUUCGGAAUUUUCAUGGGUUUGUGGGGAGUCGUGGUUCUCAUGGCGAUUUGCAUUAUCCUCUGGAGCACAUAUGGCAAG